AUGGCGCUAUCAUUCCGACUUUUGCUUGUCUCUCUUUGGGCGCUGUGCUCCUCUGCACAUUUCAUCCUCCAAUAUCCUACCUCCCUUGGUUUUGACGAUGACGCCGAAGGUAACGGGCCUUGUGGGGGCUUCGAUGUGGUAUUCAACACCACCACCGAUGACAGUGUCCCGGUUGAUAGCUUUCCUGUCUCCAUGUUGAGCACUCAUCCAGCGACAGACUGGCUCUUCCGGGCAACUCUCAGCAAACAAGCCCCAUUUAACUGGACAAAUCUCCUACCUGUCGUCUCUGAAACUGGACUUGGUCAAUUUUGUCUUCCUAAUAUCAAGGCUCCGUCUGCAUUUGUCGGACAAAGUGGUCUUGUUCAAGUCAUCCAGAAAGGGCCAGAUGGAAUCCUUUACCAGUGUGCAGCAGUCAACUUUGUGACCGGUGUCAACAGCACAGUUGGCUCUAGUUGCACUAAUGUCACCGGCCUCACUGCGACAGUCACCAACGAAGAUAAUUUCCCAGAGGAUUCUUCUUCAUCAGCAUCAGGCUCUAUGACCAUGUCGAUGACGAUGACGGGGUCGAGCAGCGCUUCAGCUACCGCAGUCUCAGCCACCUCCUCCGCCUUCGCAGCGCCUAACGCCAACUCGCAAUUUGUACAAAAAUAUCUUGCGGCUGCAGGACUUGCAGUUCCAUUCUUAUUGUAG